UCCCAUUGAACGCGGGAAGUGAUCCUUCUGCCCACUUCUCUAUCGAACUGCCGUCGUCCUUCUUCCUGGUACCCCCACGAUGCCCGCGCCUAACAGCAUCCGAACAGGCGCACCUCGACAGCGCGAAGACCAUCCACCAAGGCCGCGGAAGGGCCUUCCCACUGUCAAACAAGUCCUUGAGAAGGCUAAAGAGGUGGACUUCGAGGAUAAGAGCAGCCGGGUGGCAUUCCUCCGGGAGUUCAAGGAUCGCGUAGGCGGCGACAAAAAGGCCGAAAACGAAGUGGUCAACGGAGAAGUCUUUCACGAGUUGGCAAAAGAUCCGGCCAGUUUCAGACAGUACGAGCAUUUCAUCAAAUGGGCAUUCGCGCGCAACUCCAAGCUGCUUGAGUGCAAAACAAAGCACGACGACACUCCACUCCUCCUGGCCAUCGAGCAUCAAAACCAUGAGUUUGUCCGGCUGGUACUGGACAGAAUAGAUCGACUUCCAAAGCUUAGAAAGCUUCUGCAACAAUCCGACCAGGUUGGCCUUAACUGUCUGCACAAAGCCAUCAUGUCCGCCAGCCCAUUCACCGAAUCCAUCAUUGCCAUCAUGCGAAAAGCUUCCACAGGCAGCUCAAAGGACGGCGAGAAUACGGCAAAUGAUUCUGACUCAGGUUCGGAAAGCGAGGCGGAAAUGACAAUGCCCAAGCUGGACAAGAUCAAAGACGACAUAUUUACCGCCAAAAGCCGCAAAAGUGAUCACACUGAGGGAUGGACGGCGCUCCAUUUUGCAGUCCGAGUAUUUGCCGCGGACCAACAGCUCACGGACAACGAAGAAGAAUUCCGCGAGGCUGUGAGUCGCCGGAUACUUCAACAACCCAACUCUCACCCCCAGCCUAGAAACCAGCUUGCGGGCAGUUGGAACCCAACCAUUUCAGACCCAUCCUCACCCCACAGCCAAUCAAGCACUGGCUGCACUGGCCUGCCACUGGGUCCCAAACAAAUGGAACCUGAGACUUCCUCCAUAACAGGUAAAGCACCUGGGUUCUACGGAUCGAUGGGCACAAAUGGCACACCCACCGAGGGAGAUGGCAAACCAGCCUGUAUACAACGACGUGACUACUGCCAGUUGACUAUCGUCCGCGAACUAAUUAAAGCAAAUCCCAAGGCUCUUCUUACCAAGGAUAAAAAAAAGCAUACCCCUUUCCAGCUCCGGCUAGGAUUAAUGGAACAGGAAGCACAACAGGGAGAGGGAAACAACGAGCAAGCGAGGCAACCGAAGGGAGCACAACAGAGAGAAAAUGACGGAGGGACAGUAAGAGACGCAGAGGAAGAGGAGGGGUUUGAGGGAUUUGAAGAAGAGGAAGAGGAAGAGGAAGAGGAAGAUGAAACAGCCGACGAGGAAGGAGAAGAAUGGGAUGAAGAGGAUGAGGAGAAUGAAAGUAAUGGAAUGGGUUCAAGCAAGGAGUUACGGAAAGACGUACAGUCUCCGCAUAUGUUGAGUGACGACAGUACUAUGAGGGGUGCUUCCGCCCGGCAGUACGAGGAUAAGCCUUCCCACGACUAUGUCAAAGAGGUCCAACUAAUCAACGACGAUGAGGUGCUGAGUUACAUCCGCGAGUAUGUCAUUGACAACUUCGAUCGGAGAACGGCACUGAAGGCUCUGUACAAGGUGGGAUGUGAAAGGACCAUCGAAUUUGAUCUGUCUGGUCUGCCUUACAAGUCAAUCAACAAGGACUUCUUCAUCAGACUUGGCAAUGUCUUACACUUCGAAGGGCGGUUGAAGUAUGUUGCUUUGCCGCGGCUGACUGUCGAGAACGAUGCCGAUGACGCCGGUGGAAUUGUGGAGGUUAAUCACCAACGGCAAACCGAAUCAAUGGGCAGUGUCAAACUCACUCAAAGGACCAAAGGUCUUCAGCAUAUGUGCACCAUUUUCGAUUGGCUGAAGAGGCUCCACGUCAAAUCCGUCCUGAAGGUAACUGUCAUGGACGAUGCAGAGCUGUCCCACUCUGACGAAGCCAUCGAAACCUGUAUGAAGGGUCUAGAUGUCAGGGUAUGGAACUGGCGCCGGGUAGAUCUUUGCAUAGACGUCAUAUCGUCUUCGGCGCCGAAUGUGACCGACGUUACGUUGUACUCGUCGGGGAAUAACGCCGUGCUUGUUGGGUGGUCAAGCAAAGCUGGGCUGCCGAAGCUGAAGGAGCUAAGAAAGGUCCGUAUAUAUUUCAGGGAGGUAGCUAACGCUUCGGUCUCCUGCAAACAGGGCCUCGACACUCAGGAAAGAUUCAAGCAAUAUCAAAACACUUUCGAAUCGAAACUUAAGAAACACAAACCUAGCGUAAAAGUGUCCUGGGGAAUCGAUACCCCCACCCAGGAUCUCCCGCUCUUUGCACGCUCAAGCUCCGAAAAAGCGUCAAGAGAGCCGAAAUGGAUGAAAACCAUGAAGCAAUUUGCCACGUUUCUCCGUUCCUUCAAGCCUAAAACAACAAUCGCGCCGAUCAAGAUCGCCAUAAUUGACGAUGGUAUCGAUAGCACCCUCGACGUCUUCUCUCAUCGGAUCCAAACCGGCGAGUCGUUCUACAAAGCUGGCUCGGGCCGCUGGCAAGGCGCAUACUACGUGCCCACCGGGUACCACGGCACGCUCAUGGCCCAGCUCAUUUGCGACAUUUGCCCCGUGGCCAGACUUUACAUUGCCCAGUUGGAACCUGUGCCGAGGAACGACGGACGCCGUGGGUUCACGCAACAGAGCGCCAUCGAAGCCAUUAAUUGGGCGGUCAACCGGGGCGUGGACAUCAUUUCGAUGAGCUGGAGCAUCGACUCGGGGAGCAGCAACAUCGAAGGGCUGGACAAGGCCCUCAAAGAGGCCGUAGACAAGAAGAUUGUCAUGUUUUGCUCGAGCAUCGAUGAGGGUCCGAUGGUGGAUGACAACACGUAUCCUGGCAGAACAGGCCAUUGCAUCAAGAUCGGGGCGUCGACGGGAGAUGGUGCAAGACUUUCUUGGGUGUCGGCGAAGAACAGCGACUUUUUGCUGCCGGGAGACGAGUCUGUCCACGUCAAGCGACAGAAUGGGCAAAGCGGCAGCGGCAGCCGACGUGGUUACGCGAGCGAAGUGCCAGCGGGUGGGAGUUCAAUAUCAACGGCACUGGCGGCUGGCUUGGCAGGGGUUCUGAUUUACUGUGAUCGAUUGACGCGGUCGUCAAUGGCACCCAGUGAGUCAGCAAUUGGGUUCAACGAUCUCCAGAGCUUGGCGACCAUGCGACGCGCUUUCAAAACCAUGGCAGCCAAGUCGGAAGACCACAAGUUCCUGCGGGUGUGGAAGUUCGUACCCUUGCAUUGGGAAUCCCCCGUGAGGCCGGGGGCGGUGGUCGACAGCAGAGGUGCUAAAUCGGUGAAGCACGACUUGAAAUGGAACACGGAUUCACACCCAAAAGAUACGGAGGAGACCAGGAAAGUGCUCAUGGAGUUCCUGAAUAAACUGAAAGUGGAGGAGUAGUAGAUGUCGUGGAAUGAAAGUUGGAUAUCAUUAUACUGUGCAAGUUGUGUAUCGAUUACCAAUCAUGCCCUCGUGCCCAUCGUGGGAAACGAGGGUAUACCCACCAACUCGUUUCCCUCAUUGUGCUUAUCAU